AUGCCAUGUUCGCGAUGCUGCGCCAGCGGCUUUGAGCAUGAGUGCGUCGUCGACACAAUCAACAGACCACGCCCGUCGGAACGCCGAAGACAGGCGAACCGAUCGGCUCAUGCUCGCAGUGCGUUCAGUACGGCUUCCUCGGCCAGUCCGAGAAGCACCAACCACCUGGACACUCUCGAACUUCAGCAGUUUAGCCCCCAGGAUAUGAUUGCACCGCAGUCGGCCAUGCAUACAAUGUCCCUAAAUCUGACGGAAAGCUCACCAAUCUUUAUGGGCGAGUCUGAGGUGUCGGAUCCCAAGGGUGAUGUGAUUGAGCGUGGUAUCAUCAGCGAGGAGGAUGCUCGCUGCAUCUACGAAAGGUUCAUGAACGGUAGCAAGAACUUUCUUCCUCUGUUCGAUCCUGUUCGAGACACUUUUGAUUCCAUUCGCUCGCGAUCGCUCUUCUGUUUUACAGUCAUCCUCUAUUUAGCCAGUCGUGCUGUUUCCGACUUCCGUGCAAACUACCAUCUGCAACGGGUGCUGCAGGAUGAAGCUCAGCGACUGGCGGAGGACUCGUUCUUUGCAAAGCCCACCAAGUUGGAAACAGUUCAAGGCAUGAUCCUUCUUGCGGCAUACUCGGAAAAGACUUGGUUCUCCACGGCUCUCAUCCUACGAACUGCUUUAGAUUUGGGCUUAGAGAAGUCUCUUGAUACACUGCUGGCUCAAAAUCCUGCUCCAAGAAGCUACCUCUCCGCCACGAUGGAAGACCGGCAACUCGUCUGGCAGACCCGGACGUUCAUCAUUUCAUUCACUCUUGAGCUUGACGUUGCAAGUGGAACGGGGAGAAAAUCACGUCUCGGCGAUGUGGAUAUUUCGAAACUACGGAAAUUCUUAGACUAUCCGCUGUCGCUGUACAGCGAUAUGCGGACAAUUUCCAUCGUUGAGCUUCAUCAACUACGCGCAAAAUGCCGGCAGGUGAUUGAGAGUACCGCUGCCGCCCAGCUUAUAUCGGUGGAACUCCCGGCAAUUCUCCAGAGGCUGCAGCAAUGGUGGAAAGAAUGGGACGAUAUACAUGAUCAAAAUGGCUUUCAUCCCGGGGCAUUUCAGCGCUCGUCACUUAAGCUGGCGCUGAAUUACGCGAAGGUCUUUAUCUAUUGUGUGACCAUAGCAAGGAUACAGAAGCUCCAGCAAACACCAGAAGGCGCGCAGGGCCUUGACUCCGAAGUCGCCCCCAGUCUAUGGAAGUCAUUGGUCGACGUAAUCGAAAAUCAAUUGACGUUCUUGGUCACGGAAGCGGCGUACAUAUGCCACUUGACCUGGGCACCAACCUAUUCAGCUUUGACGAUUGGAUUCAUUACCACUUUCGCGAUCAGAGUAGCUCGGUGGCAUCCUACUCUGAUCAACCGGCAUAUGGUCCUGCAGCGUGUUCGGCGAAUCUUGGAGUAUCUUAAAAAUCCCCCUUAUCCGGACAUUCACAGAACAGUCCAGAUAUUUGUCAACUAUGCAGGAGCCCUUCUCGCUGAGCAAGACUUAUGUAAUAACGAAAGCACUAUCCAGUCCGGCUCCGAAUCAUCAAACCAGCCAGAGGUGGCCAAUACUCCAAGAUCGGAGUUCAACAUGGCAGCGAUGCCAGGACCCCCGACUGAAGGCUCACAUGCACGAGUGGACAGAGAAACCGACCUGACCGCUCCUUUGCCAGCAUAUCCUAGACCCGAGCCAGCCCAACCGAGAGUCCCACCCUUUGAUAUACCAAACUGGAACCUAACCGCCCCAAUAGCCGAUUCGUUUGACUUGUUCGAAGAGGGUCAAACUGACGUUUUUGACUUCCUUCCUACUUUAGCACCUAAUUGACAUAUACAUAGCAAUUGGUAAGAACUCGGAACUCUCUUCCUG